GUUUCACCGCAGUCGAUAUCUAUCAACCGGUGCGUCAACUGACGUUUUCACCUGAGGGUGAAUCAGUCAGGAAGAUUCACCUAAAUAUACAAUUUUAUUUUUUAAUUAAAACAUAAUUUAAUCAUCCAAUUUUUAAUAUUUAUAUAUUAAUAUAAAUUUAAAGAAAAAAUUGUGAUAUGUUUAUGCAAGACUAGAGAUGAUAACAACGAGAUAAAUUGUUUCCAUGUGAGCAAAAAAAAAAAAAUACUUGAGAAAAAUACAUAUAUAAAAGGGUUGAUAGAUUGAUUAAAGAAAAAUUUUCUCGGAGGGGGAUUAGAAGGUCGUGUGAGACGAGAAAGGACAAAUAUUGACGAGAAAAAUUUGCGCGGUGAUUCAAGGAGUGGCCCUGGGAUAAUUCAUUUUGGUCUGUGUUAAAUAAUAUUUAUGAUAAAUAUUUAUUUAAACAUAAUAAUACGAAAGCUACAAAUAAAGAUUUUUUAAAAAAUCAAAAAAGAUUGACCUUGCCCAGCUGUAAUCAUCAACACUACCAUCUGGAAUCCAGAAACUCUAAUAAAAUUUAAAUUUAUUCAACAGAAUAAUCUGUAAAUAUAUCCUAUUCAAAAUUCAUUUUUAUUAGAGUAAAUAAUUUUAUUAAUUCAGUAAAAUAACAUAAUGAAAAAUUGUAGAUGAAAUUUAAGUACAAGGUCAUGUCUCAAGUGACUACUACAAAUUUUCUAAGCUAAAAAAAUAUCAAUGUGAUAUUUUAAUGUAUCAAAUUUUAUAAUAUUCAAAGCUUGUAUUAAAAAAAUAAAAAAAGUAAUAAACAAACAAACAAGUAACGAAGAUAGGAAAAAAGAAAAUUUGUUGUUUCAAAUAAAAGAUAAAUAAAAGUAAUAAAAAAAAAAAAAACAAAUAUGGCUUGGGGCUACUGGAGCGCAACAACAGUGAGUGAUCGUGGUCGUUCUCCCCGUCGGGAAAAAGAUAAAUCUUCAAAUUCAACUUAUCAAACACCAUCAGAAAUAACUGGUGUAUCAAUACCAUUAUCAGCAUCACAACAAAUGACUGAUCUUGGUGUACUUGAUGAUGAUGAAACAAAUCCAAUGGAGGGUAAUACAUUUUAUACAUAUUCAAUGGCAGCAAAUGCUGCAGCAGCUGUUGGAGCUGGACGACAUACACCAAUAAUUGGUGAAAGUUCAUCAUCUGGUAUUGAACAUUAUCCAAGAGCAAGUACAAGUACAUAUCCAGGUUCACCUGGUAGUGAUUCAGCUGAAUAUGAACAACCAAGUUUAUCAAUGAAUUUACAUUCAACAUAUGUACAACAACAUGAACCAGAUCCAAAUCGUACUGAAGUUAUUUGUCAUUCAAUUGGUACAUCAUCACUUGACAGAAGAACAAAAAGUUUUAAAGGACAUCGUCAUGAUAAUAUUGGUGAUGAAGAAAGUACUGAUAUUGAAAUUGAAGAUGAAAUUAUUAUUCCUGAAAGAAUUUAUGAAAGUCGUAAAGGUAGUUUAGGAGGUUUUGCCUCAAGUAUUGUUGCAUGUAAACUUCAUGGACAUGGUUCUGGUAUUGAUCAUGGUGGUUCUGGUGUUGAUCAUGGUGGUUCUAUGGGAUCACUUGGAUAUGAACAUUGUCCAUCUGGACCUAGACCAGCUUAUGCAUCUCAGGUCUGGCUCAAUGACAUCGCCUGGGUAUUUCCAAAUGUUCCAGCAGCACCGGGUAUGCCAUGCCAGGGUGAAGACAGGAGUAUUUAUAGACGUGGAGCACGAAGAUGGAGAAAAUUAUACAGAGUAAAUGGUCAUAUAUUUCAAGCAAAACGUUUCAAUCGUAAAGCAUUUUGUGCUUAUUGUGGAGAUCGUAUUUGGGGAUUAGGUAGACAAGGUUUCAAGUGUAUACAAUGUAAGCUUCUUGUUCAUAAAAAAUGUCACAAAGAUGUGAGAAAGCCAUGUUCAAAUAUUCAACAACCACCAUCACUUUCAAGUGAUUCACAAAAUGUUGAUAAAAAUGGUGAUCAAGUAUCAUCUGACUCACCACCAUUUAGUCCAACAUCACAUAUUGAUGAUGAUAAUAAUGGUGAAACAUCAACUGUUGAUGAACAACCCCAACGUGGUCCAAGUGGUGAUAGUGAAGAAUCAGCACUUGAUCCAAUUGCUGGUGCUGAUGGUAGUGGUGAAAUGCAACGACAACAUUCAUUAAAUGAUUUUGAAUUAAUACGUGUUAUUGGACGUGGUUCAUAUGCUAAAGUAUUAAUGGUUGAAUUAAAACGUACAAAAGAUAUAUAUGCAAUGAAAGUUAUUAAAAAAGCACUUGUUACUGAUGAUGAAGAUAUUGAUUGGGUACAAACAGAAAAACAUGUAUUUGAAACAGCAUCAAAUCAUCCAUUUUUAGUUGGUUUACAUUCAUGUUUUCAAACACCAUCACGUUUAUUUUUUGUUAUUGAAUUUGUACGUGGUGGUGAUUUAAUGUUUCAUAUGCAAAGACAACGUCGUUUACCAGAAGAACAUGCACGUUUUUAUGCUGCUGAAAUAAGUCUUGCAUUAAAUUUUUUGCAUGCUAAAGGAAUUAUAUAUCGUGAUUUAAAAUUAGAUAAUGUAUUACUUGAUCAUGAAGGACAUGUUAAAUUAACUGAUUAUGGAAUGUGUAAAGAAGGUGUUAGAGAAGGUGAUACAACAGCAACAUUUUGUGGUACACCAAAUUAUAUUGCACCAGAAAUAUUACGUGGUGAAGAUUAUAGUUUUUCAGUUGAUUGGUGGGCACUUGGUGUAUUAUUAUUUGAAAUGCUUGCUGGACGUAGUCCAUUUGAUAUUGCUGGUGCAUCUGAAAAUCCCGAUCAAAAUACUGAAGAUUAUUUAUUUCAAGUUAUAUUACAAAAAACAAUUCGUAUACCACGUUCAUUAUCAGUUAAAGCAACAUCUGUACUCAAAGGUUUUCUAUGUAAAGAUCCAACUGAACGUCUUGGUUGUGGACAUGGUCAAGCUGCUUUUCUUGAUAUUGUAUCUCAUCCAUUUUUCAAAUCAAUUGAAUGGGAAUCGUUGGAAAAAAAACAGGUCACACCACCGUACAAGCCACGCCUUGACUCUGACCGGGAUUUGGCAAACUUUCCACCGGAAUUUACAGAUGAGCCUGUUCAUUUAACACCCGAUGAUCCUAAAGUCAUUGAUAAAAUAGACCAGAGUGAAUUUGAAGGAUUUGAAUAUGUCAAUCCUCUUUUGAUGUCACGUGAAGAUUGCGUGUGACAUGAAUCAAUUGAAGAUUUAUACUAUCGAGAAUUUCUUCAUAAACAACAAUGUUAUAUUUAUGAUUUAGAAAAAAAAUUAUCCUCAUUAACAAUUGAUUAUCCAAGUUUACAAAAUUCAAAUUCAAGUGAUGAUGAGUAUUUUCAUGAGGCUAAUUUAUAUAGAAAAAAUAAUAUUGAUAGUAAUUUAAGUAAUUAUCGAUUAAUACCAACAUUACCAUAUCGAUACAAUCAAGAUAACAUGAGCAUUGAUUAUGACAAACAAAAAUAUAAUCUAAUGAACAAAUUAAAUCAUGAUAAUCAAGAUAAUAUUAUUGAUUAUUCACAAAAAAAAAUGCAAAAAAAAACAUUUUGCUUUCCGUUGUACUGAUUUUUACUUAUUCAAUUUUAAUUACGUUAAAGUAUUGCAAAAUUAAUUAUUAAUCUACUAUAAAUAAAAACAAUUUAAUAGUUUAAAGAAAAAAAAAAAUCUAAAACGUUAUUGCUGAUUAUAAAAAAAUAAUUGAGAUUUUAUUUUUCUCGAGGUUUACAAGUAUGUUACUUGAAUUAUUAUUUUCAUAAAAUUAAUAAACCACCGAUUAAUUAGUUAACCAAUGAUUAUAAACAAUUAUAGUUUUUUUUUUCUUUUUUUUUUUUUUGUAGAGAAAAUUAUGGAAAAAAAAAAUACAUUAACAAUUAUUGUUAAAUUUAUAAGUUAUUAAAAUGUUUUUUUAAAAAAAAAAAAAAAUGCAAAUCUAUCUCACUCACAUUCCUUCCAGUUGGUGCUUAAGUCAACUGUAAAUAUAUCUAAAAGACAGUUAAAAAAAAAAAGAAUAUUAAAUAUAUUAUAUUAACAAAUGAAAAUAAUAGUUAAAAGAAUAAAAGUUGAUAAAUUAAUUUAAAAGAAAAAUAAAAAAAAUUAAAUAAAUUUAUAUUGUAGGAUAUUAACUGAUGGAUUAAAAAAUUAUUUGUUUAUAAUUGUUUUUGUCAAUUAUAUUAUGUUGUAAUUUAUGUGUAAUCAAUGUAAAAUUAAUUUUUAAAAUAAUUUAUAUAUCAUUUUUUGAUUAAUUAGUUUAUCGGAGUUAUUGAAUUUUGACAUUGAUGACUGUGUUUUUUUUUUUUCUUUCUUUUCUUUUUAAUUAUAUAAUUUAAGCAGCUAAGUUGAUGUUACUUAAAAAUUAUUAAUGAUAAAAUUUCGUGAAUAAGCAAUCAGAUUGUUAUUUUUUAUUUUAACGUAAUAAUAAAAUAUUAAUUUGAAAUUAAAAUGUUAUAUUGAUGGAAUAAUUGACAUUACUUAUUUAGUGUUUCCGCAUAUUUAAAUAAUAUUAUUAUCUGUGCCGAGUCAGAACAUUGUAUGAUAACAGUUGUGAAGUAAAGUAUUAUCAUAGAAUAAAUCUGAGAUAAACAAAAAAAAAAAA